UUUUCCCGCUGCAAUCAAUCCACCACCUCCGCUUUCUUCUCGCGAUACCCCGGUCGCCUCGGUUUCGGUCUCGGUCCAGGACGUCCAGCCUGGGCAAUCGCUGCGAGCGAGUCGCGUGGUUUUCUGUUCCUGACGCUGUGCGCCGGCAUUGAUAACCGCUGAAGAGAUGCCUCGUCUGGGCUACAAGAAGUCCCGACGGGGCUGUCUGCGCUGCAAGCAACGACGUGUCAAGUGUGACGAGAACCGGCCAUGCUCGGCCUGCACCAGACACGGCCUGGAAUGCUCCUACGUGGAGCAGAGUCCGUCCAAUGCGGAGGGCUCGACAAGGAGUGUCUCGUUGACACCCAGCGACUCUGCUUCGGCGGUAAUGGGAAAGGACACCGUCUACUCUGCCACAAGUCCGCUCGAUCCGACACAGCGCACACUCCGCAGUAGCCAGACCUCAGCCACAGCAGCUCACACUCCCUCUGAUCCCGAUUGGAGCAGCAGCACUGAUCCCUUCCCCUACUUUGACAAGUUUGUCACCGGGCCGGGAUCUACCGACCAAAGCCCAUGGAUCACUGACCUGGAACUCAUGCAUCACUACACUGCAUCCACCUUCUUGACGCUUCCUCGCGCCGCCGACCUGCAGCAGAUAUGGCAGAUCGAAGUCCCCAGGUUGGCCAUGUCCCAUGCCUUUCUCCUGCAUCAAAUCCUGGCCGUUUCAGCACAUCACCAGAGCCAAAUCCAACCAGAGAGGUAUAGCCAUUACUCUAUCUGCGCGUCUCUGCACCAGAACGUAACCAUUUCUGGUCUCCGGAUUGCUCUGGCCCAAAUAUCGGAAGAAACAUGCCAAGAGGUCUUCAUUGCAUCCUCCAUGCUCUCCAUCUGUGCGUUCGCCUCCUUCUCUAGCUAUGGAGGCGUGAGCGAAAAGCCCCACAUCGAUGAUUUGACUGAUGUUUUCCAUCUCAUUCGAGGCAUGAGCAGGAUUCUCGACUCAUACAACGACUUUCUCCACCAGGGGAAACUAGCGCAGCUAUUCUUGCAGGAAGACGCAAGCGAAUCCUCGCCGCUUCUCAAUGCAAUGGUUGAACAGCUGCAUCACCUAAAGUUACCCGACACGAUGCACCAGCCCACAGGUGCCUCGAUCUUCAAGGAAUCGAUACCUCAAAUCACCACUUGGGUCCAGACCGCCUUGCGCAACACUAGCUCGCCCGAGCUCCGAGUCUGCGUGAGCUUUUCUAUUUUCCUAACCGAGGAGUUUAUGGAUCUCCUUCGCCAGCGUCACCCUGCUACGUUGGCAAUUAUUGCUCACUAUUGUGUGGUCUUACACUAUACAGGCCUGGAUCACUGGUAUUUACGGGGCUGGGGUAGAAAUAUUCUCGAUGACAUUGUUGCCAACAUGGAUCCAAGUUGGAGUAUGGCCUUGGAAUGGCCGUUGAUGGUCAUGGAGCAUGGCCUUCACUAAAUAUAAAUGAACAUUUCAACUUCACUCCGUCUUUCUAUCACUGCACGUGCCCGAACCACUUGG